GAGUUAAUUUUAAAUCGGUACAAGAUGGCGGAGGGGGACGAGGCAGCGCGGAGGCAGCAGUCGCACGAGGGGCUGCGGCGCCGAAGGCGAACCAGCGACCCAAACACCGGGGUUAACCACGUCUCGUCCACAACCCUCCUAGGUGAGAAUUAUGAAGAUGAUGACCUAGUAAACUCUGAUGAGGUUAUGAAGAAACCAUGUCCAGUACAGAUUGUUCUUGCACAUGAAGAUGACCAUAACUUUGAGCUUGAUGAAGAAGCUUUGGAGCAGAUAUUGCUACAGGAGCACAUAAGAGAUCUUCACAUAGUAGUGGUAUCCGUGGCAGGAGCUUUUUGUAAAGGGAAAUCAUUUCUACUGGACUUCAUGCUUAGAUAUAUGUAUAACAAGGAUUCUCAAAGUUGGAUUGGUGGAAACAAUGAACCAUUGACUGGCUUUACAUGGCGAGGUGGUUGUGAAAGAGAAACAACAGGCAUACAAGUCUGGAAUGAAGUGUUUGUGAUCGACAGACCGAAUGGAACAAAAGUGGCUGUGCUGCUAAUGGAUACCCAGGGUGCCUUUGAUAGCCAGUCAACUAUCAAAGAUUGUGCAACAGUGUUUGCUCUGAGCACUAUGACUAGCUCUGUCCAGGUGUAUAAUUUGUCUCAAAAUAUUCAAGAAGAUGAUCUUCAACACUUGCAAUUAUUUACAGAAUACGGCAGACUUGCAAUGGAAGAAAUCUACCAGAAGCCAUUUCAGACACUAAUGUUUUUGAUUCGAGACUGGAGUUAUCCUUAUGAACAUUCAUAUGGUUUGGAAGGUGGAAAACAAUUCCUUGAAAAGAGAUUGCAGGUAAAACAAAAUCAACAUGAAGAGCUACAGAAUGUAAGGAAGCACAUUCACAAUUGUUUCUCAAAUCUUGGUUGCUUCCUUUUGCCACAUCCUGGUCUUAAAGUUGCAACUAAUCCUAGUUUUGAUGGGAGAUUGAAAGAUAUUGAUGAAGAGUUUAAACGAGAGCUUCGAAAUCUGGUUCCAUUGCUGCUUGCCCCAGAAAAUUUAGUAGAAAAAGAGAUAAGUGGAUCUAAAGUCACUUGUAGAGAUCUUGUAGAAUACUUUAAGGCUUACAUUAAAAUUUAUCAAGGAGAGGAACUUCCACAUCCAAAGUCCAUGCUUCAGGCAACAGCUGAAGCUAAUAAUCUUGCUGCAGUAGCAGGAGCAAGAGAGAUCUAUUGCAAAAGUAUGGAGCAGGUAUGUGGUGGGGACAAGCCUUACAUUGCACCUUCAGAUCUGGAGCGAAGACACCUGGAUCUCAAGGAAGUGGCGAUUAAACAGUUUCGUUCAGUAAAAAAAAUGGGUGGAGAUGAAUUCUGCCGUCGUUAUCAGGACCAGCUUGAGGCUGAAAUAGAAGAAACCUAUGCAAAUUUUAUAAAGCACAAUGAUGGCAAAAAUAUCUUCUAUGCUGCUCGUACCCCUGCCACACUGUUUGCAGUCAUGUUUGCUAUGUAUAUAAUCUCAGGACUGACUGGCUUCGUUGGCCUAAACUCUAUAGCCGUCUUGUGUAACCUUGUCAUGGGGUUAGCACUGACGUCUCUUUGUACUUGGGCAUAUGUUAAAUACUCUGGGGAGUUCAGAGAAAUUGGAACAAUGAUUGAUCAGAUUGCUGAAACACUAUGGGAACAGGUAUUGAAGCCCCUGGGUGAUAAUUUGAUGGAGGAAAACAUAAGGCAGUCUGUAACAAACUCUAUCAAAGCAGGCCUGACUGACCAGGUGUCUCAUCAUGCCAGAUUAAAGACAGACUGACAGUUCAUCUCCUCAUGGACUCCACUCUUUCUUUUUUUCAUGCUUGCUGUACAAUGAGAACUCAAAUAAAAAUAAACCAAAGUUUACAAUCAACUGUAGAAGUAGUUUAGUAUAACUGGCUUCACAGAUGGCUGCCACAGAGUGUGAAAUUGUUUGUUGGUUUUAAGCAUUCUGUUCAUGGCUCCUAAGGCAUGAAGACUGGCUGAGGAGCAUUAGUUUUCAUGCACACUUGUACCAUGUUUAAUUCUUUUUUUCCCCUUUUUACUUAAUCUAAUGUUAGUGAAAUUUGUCUUAUGUAAAGGAUAUUUCAGGGAAAUAUUUUAAGAAAUCUAUUUAGAGUCUCUUUAACACAGUGUCCCAUUGAAAUUUUAAUUUUUAGAGAAGUUAUGAAUCACUGUAUCAAGAAUCAGAUUGGAAUGACAAUGAAGCCUUUAUUGAGCCACGACAUUAAAAGUAUAUAUUGCUUUAUUGCCUUCAAUACCAGUAUUACAUAAAUGCAUGUAUCAGAAACUUCACAGAAAUUACAUGACAACUCUUGUAGGUAAGAAAGUGAUUCUGAGGUGUACAUUUGUCUUGCCUUUUUAAAUUUAUAAACCUGCCCUAAAAGGAGAUGCAUAUCUGGGAAACUGAACUGUCUUUAUGCAGUUUAGCCUUCAUGUACAUAAAAUAUGCCGUUAAUUUAUUGGGGGAGAAAUUCCAUCCAAAAAUGUUGCCUACAGCUAUGAGUUAAGAGUGUCUAUACAGUGUGUAGCUUUUAUUUUCUAAACUCACAGGUAGGGCAUGUAUAUGAAUUAUAAAUAUAUAAAUACGAUUUUGUAUUAAAAGUUUUGUAGUUUAUGACAAAAUCUGGUUCUGUGGUAGGCUAAUGAGUACAGUCCCUGUGAAGGAAUGUUUGUGGCUCAUGUCAGUGUGUGAAUGCAUAGACAAUUUGAAGUUUUUGAUAUAUUUGUGAUAUUUAUCUUCUUGAGCACUGCAAUCUCACCACCCUCCCCCCACCCCCUCCCCACAAGGGAAUUCAAUGGGAAUGUUUAUCGUGACUUUGUCCUCUGUUGCAUUUUAAAGUUCCUUCCUGUAAUUUAUUUUCAGUACAUAAUUAAAAAUUUGUAUAUAUAAAA